GUCGAACGCUUUCUUGCUACCUAAUCGAUUGUUGGACUUUGUUGGCAAUUGUUGGAACCUUUAGCGUUGUUGGCACUUCUGCGAACAGUUAUUGUUUCGUUGUUUCGAAAGUUGGUUUCACUGAAUUCAAAUGACAGUAAACACUGACAGUAACGGACGACGCCAAUCGGUCAGAAGAAGGACCGCGUACGUUCAUAAAUAUUGUGUUUCGAAGAUUUUCUGAAUUUUAUGCACAGUUGACAUGGUCGUCCUAGACUUUGUGAUACCUUCGGACAAGGAUGAUCUCCUUCAGCCCCUAGCAGGAAAAUACUGCGUCAAAAAAUUAUAUCAACUUCGAGAAAUUGAGAAGUCCCUUGCUGAUGCUCGAACAGUGCUGCAAGAAGAAGGAUGCACAUUUAUACUGGAUCACUUUGACAUGUACUUUUCCAUCCUUGUGCACGGAGCCAACUUGAAAGUGUCAGUUCACACUCGGGCCGUUGAUCAGAUCUACAAAUGCCUCGACAUCCACGUCGAUGAAGUUGCCAAAGCAUUUGAUAAAAACAAAGAACCGUACCCAGAUGACAAACUUCGAUUUAUAUGCACUUCUAAAAUGCUUGCAUACUUGUUGUCACAGUUCAUUCGCCACAUCGAAGGCAUCGGAAUUGAGGAAAGUACCGGGCAGGGAAAGCGUGCAAAACCUAAUUCUAAGUCAGAAGAGGAAAAAGAGUGGUAUGAAAAGACUGACGAAAUUUUGGUGCUUGUAUACCAGUGGAUUCAAUUGCCCCUUGAGAAACUUUGGCAGCCACCAAUAGCUGAUGCUAGUUUUGUCAUGUCAAUCGCGGACAUGUGUUACAGAAUAUUGGAGAGGUGUAAAACCGCAAAAUCUAAAUCCAUGCGUGAAUCUAUUUUUCAGAUUUUAGGAACUCUGGUAAAAAGAUACAAUCACGGGAUAUCAUGUGUCGUCAAAAUAAUUCAGCUGGUCAAAAUAUGCGAUGGAUUAGCACCGCACUUGGCGACUGGUAUCAUUCAAUUAAUCGAGGAAACCGGAAGCACUGGAAUUAUUAAGGAAAUGCUGCGAGAAAUUGAUCGAGCAGCUCCGGAAGAAGGAGGGACCCGCAACAUAGCGAAUUUUCUUGAAACAGUCGCUUCUCUAAAUCCACAGUUCAUUUUACCAGCUAUUACCAACAUGACGGAUCACCUAGCAAACGAAUGUUACCUCAUGAGAAACUGCGUCCUCGGUAUCUUAGGAACUAUAGUCAAAGACAUUCUGACGUCUGAAAAUUUAUCUAACGAGCAAAGAAUGAAGCGGGACGAAUGUUUGGAUAAUUUGAUGGAGCACAUACUGGAUUCUAAUGCAUUUGUGAGGGCCAAGGCGCUCCAGGUCUGGCAAAAUCUUUGUGCGGAGGGUGCUGUCCCGCUGGCGAAUCAAAACGUACUUCUUGAAGCGACUAUCUUGCGCCUGGACGAUAAGGGUGCAUCGGUUCGCAAAUAUGCUUUUCAACUGCUGAAGACAUUGCUGCAGUGCAAUCCAUUUGCUGGAAAGUUCAAGCAAGGAGAACUGCAGCAAAAACUGACAGACAAGAAGCUCAAACUAAAAGUUCUUGAAAGAAAAAUUGUUAGGUGUAGCGAACCAAAAUCAAAAAUUAGAACAAAAAUCUGGAAGAGUCUGGUCCCAGCCAUUCGCGAUGCCAUACAAAAGACAAAUGUGGAGGAACACCUAGUAAAUGAUCCGGAAGAAAUAUCUGAUCUAGAUACUGCCUUUGAGAAUGUGCGGUAUUUACUUUUGGAAGAAAAAGUUCACGAAAGUAUAAAGUUAUUGUUGAAAAUAACUUCGAAAUUACCCGGCAAUGAUGCUAUCGAUAAAAUGAUUGCCGAAGAGCAAGAACAGUAUAUAAUGUCUCUGUUGCAUAAGAUAUUCAUUGAAUCUCAAGAGGCUGGAGGUGCAACAGCGGAGCAAAGCAACAGCAAUGGCGAUGACGAUGAACCCAACGAGCGAGAGAAAAAUAGGCGAAAGUUGCAAGAGGAAUACGAAGCCGAACAAAGAUUAUUUGAGUAUACCGAGAGCUGCACUACCUUCUCCGGCAAGCUUGUGGAAGCAGUUCCGAUUGCAGAAGCAAAAUUAAAUUCUGUCGUAGCAAGCGAUGCUAUCGAAGCCUGUUCAUUUCUGGGUGUUGCGUAUCAGUUUGAUGUCCAGGGGGCAAAAUCAGCAAUUCGCAAGGCACUCUGCCAGGUAUUCUCGCGAGAUGUGUCGGUGCGAGAGAAUUUAGCAGAAGUGUACAGAGAAUUGUUUAUCGGUGACAAUGAGAGGUAUCAGUCGGACAGGCAGAAGGCAUUGAGUAUCGUGAAGGCACUGAUUAAGAUAGUGAAAACUUUGGAACCCGGGCAAAGUCCUGCUCUGGUGAAAUUGUUAACGACGUGGCUUUCGAGCAAGGUGCUCGGUCCGGAUGUGUUCCAGGUAAUGUGGGAGCAAUUCUCUCUGAAACUUCCCGAAACUUCACCCGGGGCGAGUCGGGCAGCGCUGAUGCUUUUAACCAUGGUUGCUGAAACAGAGCCUGCCAUCUUCACCGACAAUUUCGACAUCCUCGUAACGGUUGGUUUGGGUCCAAGAGCAGAAAAUGACCUUCUCCUAGCCAGAGAUACUUGUCGUGCCAUGACCAAAGUCCAGGUUCAAAGCGCUGACCCUCUCAAACCUCCGUCAAGGCUCUCCAACGAUCACCAGGCCUUCGAAAGGCUUUUAUUAUUUUUGGUGGGAAAAUUUUCUGAUUGGGAUGAACCUUGUUAUACGACAUUCUCUACAGAAGCGAUCAACGCUAUUUACCAUCUAGCAGACCAGCCGGGCCUGUUGAUGAAAGAUUUGCUGUGCAAACUGAUUGCGAACUUUCAACCAGCGAACGGCGCGACUCAAAAGAGCCAGAUGUCUUCCACUUCACUAGCCAACUUAUUUCACAUCGUAGGCCACAUCGCGAUCAGAGAAAUGAUUCACUUGGAUACAGCUGUUUUUAAAGAAAUGAAACGGAGGAACAUGGUCGCGGAGAAGUUGAAGACGCAGAAGAAAACUGAUUCGCGAGAGGAUACCAUUGUUAGGACAGGGAAUCGAAGCAUUUGUCCCAGUGAAGUAGACACGCCUUCCACCGCCAGUCGGAUGCGACGUGCCAAAGAUACUUCGACCGUCGAGGAUAACGGAGAAGCAGCAUUGGAAGGUGCGACAGCGGAUGAUGCCGAUGCGGAGUUCAUCUACAACGUAUUGGAAAACGAAGUUGUCUCCGGAGAUGGGCUGCUAGCUAAAUUUGUCCCUCUGGUGCUAGCUGUCUGCCAGCAACCCGUGCAAUACCCGGAUGAAGAGUUACAGAUCGCCGCAUCCUUGGCCCUCAGUAAAAUGAUGACGGUCAGCUCGUCAUUCUGCAAAGAAUAUCUUCAAUUAUUAGUCACCAUUAUGGAACGCUCACCUUCCCCUUCUAACAGAGCUAACAUUCUCAUCGGGAUGACCGAUCUGAUGCACAGAUUUCCUAACGAGGUAGAGCCGUGGAAUGGACACAUUUAUGGACGAUUAGAAGAUGAAUCUCCUUCCGUCAGACGGACUUGCGUAAAAAUGUUGUCCAACCUUAUAUUGAGGGAAAUGGUGCGAGUUAAGGGUCAGGUAGCACAGUUGGCGGUCUGCCUCAUUGACCCGGAGGAAGUCAUUCGACAAGAAGCUACGCAGUUUUUUAAUGAACUAGCUAACAAAGCAAAUGCUCUUUACAACAUCAUGCCUGAUAUUCUUUCGAGAUUGACGAAUCCUGACUUGAACCUUGAGGAAGACAAGUUUCGGCAGAUAAUUAAAUUUAUUUUGAGCCUUAUACAAAAAGAGAAACAAGUCGAUACGAUAAUUGAAAAAAUUUGCAUCCGAUUCAAAUUAGCCGUCAAUGAACGUCAGUGGCGUGACUUGUCGUACUGUCUCUCGCAGCUGAAAUUUAAUACGAAAGGAAUACAACGUCUCAUCGAUAAUUUGAAUCUUAUAAAAGACAAAAUUCAUCACGACCCUGUCCUAAAGGUCUUCCAAAGCAUUAUUGAUCAAGCAAAGAAAAAAACUGAAACAAAGGCGGUUGCUCUUGAGCUAGAAGAAAGGCUGGAACGACUGCUCACUUGCAAUAAUGAUACAGGCGAUUCAGAUAAAGAUGAAGAGAGAGAGAAGGAAAAGGGAACGAAAAAAGGAAGAAGAAGAAGAACGGAAGUCGAAAAGGAGAAUAUAAACUCUGAUUCAGAAUUCAUGCCACCGCCUCUUGCGACCAGAUCUUCCAAACGGACUCGGACGAAAACCAGUGCAAGAUUGUAACAUUAAACAAACCAGUGUCACUCCAGUCGCAGCAGCUACAGGAGUAAUUACUACAUGAUCGCAAUACCGAUGCGUGUACAAUGGGCACUCUCCCAACAGGUUAAAGUGCAAUUUAUCCAAUGGAUAAUUCAACGCAUAUAAAUAUAUCAGUGGUAACAAUUCAAAAUAGGUAUCUUAUUUUUUAUAGAGAAUAAAUUAUGAUGAUGAGAAAUCAAUGAGUAUCCUUGGAUUUUCUAUUCCAAUUAGGCAGGACUAAUUUAGAGAAUUUAAUUAGAAAAUAAUUGAAAAAUCUAAAAAAAAAGUGGAUGUUUCCCGUUUUUUUGUUCUGUAUUUUCAUGUAUUUUGAGCUUCCGAAUCCGAACCCGCUAAUAAAAUUGAUCCACUAUUGAA